CCAUCGCCUCUUUUCAAGCCGACCCAGCACCAGCCUGCACUUCCUGCACUCUGUCACGCACCAACUCAUCAUCCACCAUGAGCUACAGGAGGUCCACCUUCCAGCAGGUCUCUGCCGCGCCCCGCUACCAGUCCGCCAGCAUCUACGGCGGCGCCGGCGGCCGGGACGCCCGCAUCUCCUCCGUCUCCUCCUCCUCCCUGCGCUCCGGAGCCCCCGUCGUCUCCGCUUCCAGCGCCUUCCGGGUGAGCAGCGGCAUGGGUUCGGGUUUCGGGGGCUCGCUGGCGGCGGGCGGCGGCCAGGGAGCCGGGAUCACCGGCAACGAGAAGGGCGCCAUGCAGAACCUCAACGACCGGCUGGCCAACUACAUCGAGACGGUGAGGAACCUGGAGCAGGCCAACCAGGAGCUGGAGAUGAAGAUCAGGGCGGCCUUGAAGGCGGGAGGACCCGACCUGAGGGACUACAGCAAGUACCAACCCAUCAUCGAAGACCUGCGGCAACAGAUCUUCGACAAGAUAGCGGAGAAUGCUCGCGUGGUGCUGCAGAUCGACAACUCCCGCCUGGCUGCGGAUGACUUCAAAGUGAAGUUCGACACUGAGCUGGCGAUACGCCAGUCGGUGGAGGCCGACAUUGCCGGGCUGAAGAAAGUGAUCGACGACACCAACAUGAGCCGGAUGAACAUCGAGAGCGAGAUCGAGGCUGUGAAGGAGGAGCUGGCCUUCCUGAAGAGGAACCAUGAGAACGAGGUGAUGGAGCUGAGGAACCAGAUCUCCCAGUCAGGAGUCCAAGUAGACGUUGAUGCCCCCAAAGGUCAGGACUUAUCCCAGAUCAUGGAGGACAUGAGGGGGAACUAUGAGAAGAUUGCGCUAAAGAAUGUGGAGGAUCUGAAACGGUGGCAUGAAAGUCAGACAGAAGACGUCCAGGCGCAGGUCUCACAGAACACAGAGGCGCUCCAGGGCGCACAGAUGGAGAGGAGUGACUUAACCAGACAGAUACAGACUCUAGAAAUAGAGCUGGGGUCUCAACAGAGCUUGAAAGGUUCUCUCGAGGACACGCUGCGCAACACGGAGCUACGUAACAACAUGGAAAUGGAGAAGUACAACGCCAUUCAUCUACGUCUGGAGGAGGAGCUCGGACACUUGCGCGCAAACAUCAACCAGCAGACUCAGGAGUACGAGGCGCUGCUCAACCUCAAGAUGAAACUGGAAGCUGAGAUUGAGACCUACAAGAGGCUGCUGGACGGUGGCGAUUUCAAGUAAGAGCUCCAGGAUGCACUUCAAUGAGACGCCACAGGCCCCGAGGGAGAGGCUCCACGGCUAAAUGAAGCAUAGAAAAUUGGUAAUCGUGCUCAUUUUCCAAACAUACUUGCACAACAUCUGACAGAGCGAUCAAGUCAUCAACGAGUGUGUCACCUGGCGGCAAUAAAAUAAUUCAACCAUCA